CUCCAGUAGAAGGAUUCUCAAGAUCAAUUAUAAGACAACUUUGUGGGUUUUGCAAUGCGCAGGCGUCUCUCCUUGCAACAUUAAAACUCUCAAUUUUUUUUGCCUCCCUUCAGCUUCAACUCACAAAACAGAGCAAACCCACAAAUUAUUUUGCUAAAUUAUCAUCAAAUUCAAUGCAAGAUUCAAUCUUUACAAUGCCUACCCUGCCAACAGAACUCAUCAUUGAAAUCCUCUCAAGGGUUUCUGUUAAAUCCCUCUUGAAGUUCAGGUGUGUUUCGAAAUCAUGGCUUGCUUUAAUACGUAGUCCUCAAUUUGUCAAAACCCAUGUUAGUGUAUCUGCUAAAAACAAAGAUUACACACACCACAGGCUUGUGUUGACAGAGGUUAGAAAUUUUUUCACUUCUCAUGACGUCCAAUACAUUCUUAAGGACUGUUCUCUUAGCUCAUUACGUAAUGAUUCUGUGAUUGAGCCAUUAGACUUGAAUUAUCCCAUGAAAAACCCGCAACUAAAUGUUUGCGUUGUGGGUUCGGUUAAUGGAUUGAUUUGUCUUGACAUUGAGGAGAAUGACUUGGUUUUAUGGAAUCCAUCACUUAGAUUGUAUAAGAAAUUGCCUGAUUCUAGACUUAAAGUAAGUGGUGGUUCCCAUAUCGAUAGAGCUACUAGUGUCAUAUAUGGUUUUGGAUAUGAUGAGUCUAGUGAUGAUUAUAAGGUUGUAGGUGUGCUUUGUAUGGAAAGACGUUGCACUUUCCAUCAUCUUGAGGUUAAAAUAUAUAGUCUAAAGAGCAAUUCUUGGAGAAGUAAAGAUGGUAUUCCGGAUGGGGUGCAAUUGAUUAGACCAUGUAUGUUUUUAAACGGGAAGCUUCAUUUGGCUGGGGAGCUUAAUGUUGGUUUUCAUAAGGACAGAAACAUCGUUUCUAUUGAUUUGACUGAUGAGAAAUGGGGAAAGUUGGAGCAGCCCCUCUAUGUAGAAGGAAAUUUUUUUGUGAAGCUUGAAGUGUUGGGAAGUGAUCUUUCUGUAUUUUGUAACUAUAUAGAAAGUCACGCUGAUGUGUGGGUUAUGAGAGAGUAUGGGGUUAAAGAGUCUUGGACAAAAACGUAUACCAUCAAAUAUCCUACUUAUCACUGGUCUCCUUUUAUUUCUCAAAGACUUUGCAUGUCAAAUAAAGGUGAUAUAUUGCUUGUGCCUGGAUCGACUUUAAUGGUACACAAUCCAGAGGAUGAACCUAUCCGAUAUCCAAAGGUUACCAAGUUUGGUUUCUGUACUGCGGUGAACAUCUACAUUGAAAGCCUAGUUUGUGCCCCCCUUUUCGGAAUGAACAAAGCUUAGAACAAGAAUGAAGGAUGCAGAAGCUCAGAUGAAUGACAAUGCUGUAGCUAAUGACUUGAGGUGAAAGCUGAUGUUCUGAACAACUAAUACAUCCGAAUACUGAUACCACAGAUUGAAAUGAUGAAGCAUGGUGUUUCUUCCAUUUCCAAUUUCGUGUUUAUUUAUUUAUUUAUUUAUUUUAUUUAUUGAAUUUUAGAUUUUCUAAAAGGAAAAAUAGUAGACUCUCUCUUUUUGUAAAAGAUAAAAGACUGUUCACAAUGCUCAUUAUGAUGUGCUAAUGUUAUUUCCAUGUCCAGAGAGCAUGACAUAUGUUUAUGAUGAUCUUAUUUCCGUUUGCUAAUUGCUUAUUGUAUGACUAAUUUGGGGCUUGAAGGUUGUGAUAAAACAUUUAACAAGCUUCUCCAGCUCCCCUUGAAUGUAUGUAGAUGAUAUUAGAUUGAGAUUGAUUUGCUACUUACAUUUAUGAUAGUGCCUUACACCAGGCUCGAGCCACUGCUUUAACUAAUCCUCUAUUA